AUGUCUCAGCAGCCUAUUCUCAGCCGCGGCAAACCAACUAGAGUAAACGAACUGACUCAUGCUUCAGGAAUCGUAUUCGAUGGCCGCGACGACCAAUGCGAGUCGGCUACCCAAUCAACAGGGCUGUCAGGUCUUGCAUUAGGCCUAGCUCGUCUGUCCCGUUGGCAUGAGGCACAAGCCUUUGUUGUGCAAUGCUACAGGCUUGCCACUGAGCAUGCACCUGACAGUCAGCCUGCCUGGCAAGCAUGGGCUAUGGCAAAUUAUGCUGUUAUUGGGCAACUGGAUGUAGCAAAGGCUCAACUGGAUAAGUGGGAGCAGACCUUGGAACAAGUAGGCUCAAAAUUUUGUCCCCAUUUUAGGAAAUUCACAAGAGUAUCACGACGAGUGUGA